UUGUUGUUGGGGCUGCUGUACAUUGUAGGCAGCCGCAACACAGGCAACGGGUGGCGAGCUGUUGCAGUGAUACAAAUGUCUCUGCUUUCAAAACCAUGAAGGCAUGAACAUAAGAUUACGCGUCUCCACAACAACACUAUAAAAUAAUUAUUUUACCGAAUCGAGAGAACUGUGAGAACGUGAGGUGUAUCAAGUAUAGGCUAUUGCUAACAACCAACGAAGACUGUGGACACGACGUUAUUGUACUGGCGGCUUGCAACAAGAGCCGUGCAUCUCUAGAAAUCCAUUCCGCGCUAUUCUGCAGUAAAAUGCCCGUAUUUUAUUUUGCGUAUAUCCUCGUUGGAGAAUUGCAUUUUUAUACACUGAGUGGCUAAACGAUUGGCUGUAUCUUCUCUGCACUUAAAUGUGAAAAGCAUUAUUCUCUUUUAAGGACACUCGAAGGACGUCUUUAUGACUGGGUUUCUUCUCGCGUCCUUCACAUUUUUUGAUUGCAUUGUGUUUACAUAAAUCUGACCAGUUACGCCUGGCUACAGUUACAGUUUUCAAAAACACAAUGGAAGUGUUAUUCAAACAAUUGAGGCUAUGCUUAUUUUCACACUGACAAAGUGGUAUAGCUGAUCAAAUUCUGGAGGAUGCACGUCCAGAAAAUGAAACUUAUUUUUAAAAGUAUUUAAGAAUUUUUGUUUUGUACUGCAAUGUAUUGUACAGAAAUGGACAUUUUCUGACAGCAUUACAUCAUCACUGUGCCAAAGGAUCAGGAACAAGCACGGAGCACGUCUUUAACCCCAUUUAUCAGCUGCCCCUGAAUUCUUUGUAUUGUUUUGCAAGGUGCACUAUUUACAGAUGCAUCUCGGGCUUGAUGAGCCGGUGCGAGAAUGUCAGUAUAAUCCGAUCUGCACGCGCAACUCAUCGUCUAUGGAGACCUCGGGGCACAAAAAGAAGAGGACUCCCCGCAGGAAGUGGCAGAUCUUCCCUGGCCGAAAUAGAUUCUACUGUAAUGGAAGGGUCAUGAUGGCGAGACAGACCGGGGUCUUCUACCUAACCCUGAUCCUCAUCAUGGUCACCAGCGGGCUUUUCUUCGCAUUCGACUGCCCGUUCCUGGCGUCCAACCUGACCCCGGCCAUCCCGGUGAUCGGAGGGGUGCUGUUUGUCUUUGUUCUGGGGAUGCUGUUCAGAGCCAGCUUCAGUGACCCGGGAGUCCUACCCCGUGCCACACCUGACGAGGCUGCCGACCUGGAGAGACAGAUUGACACCUCUAAUGGCCCCAGUGGUCCAGGGUACAGGCCGCCCCCGAGGAUCAGAGAAGUGGUCAUCAACGGGCAGACGGUCAAGCUUAAGUACUGCUUCACCUGCAAGAUCUUCAGGCCCCCACGGGCCUCGCACUGCAGCCUGUGUGACAACUGUGUAGAGCGUUUUGACCACCACUGUCCCUGGGUGGGGAACUGUGUUGGGAAGAGGAACUACCGUUUCUUCUACCUCUUCAUCCUGUCCCUCUCCUUCCUCACCGUCUUCAUCUUCGCCUUCGUUAUUACACACGUCAUCCUGAGAUCCAACCGGACAGGCUUCCUCAGCGCACUCAAAGACAGCCCUGCCAGUGUGCUGGAGGUGCUGGUGUGUUUCUUCUCGGUGUGGUCCAUUAUGGGCCUGUCAGGCUUCCACACCUACCUCAUCAGCUCCAAUCAGACCACCAACGAGGACAUUAAAGGCUCGUGGUCGACCAAACGGGCGAAGGACAACUACAACCCCUACAGCUACGGGAACAUCCUGACCAACUGCUGUGCUGCCCUUUGUGGUCCUCUUCCACCCAGUCUUAUUGACAGAAGAGGCUUCAUCCAGCCAGACACACCCCAGCCUGUGUCACACUCCAACGGGAGCAGCAUAUACACCUCCACCCAGCUUCAAUCUCACAUGUGUGACCAAGAGCACUGCAUUCAGAGCACCAAAUUCGUUUUGCAGGCUGCCGCUACCCCUCUGCUCCACAGCGACCCUGUCAUGAUGGGCGGAGAGGGACCCACUCUCCCUGGGAAGAGUUCCCUGGGGGGCCCCUGUGCCUCACUGACCCCCAGCCAGCCCUCCCUGCCCUCCUCCAUGCCCGGCCUGGGCUGUGCGGGGGACAUGCUGACCCUGAGGGACCCAGACACCCACUGCCACCACCAUCACUUUGUCAGCCCUGAGGAGACGCCCUCGCCCGGCCCCAUGCCUCUGCCUCUGCCCUGCCCCGCCCACAUGACCCACGGGGGACACAUGAACCCGGCCCAGCUCUACGACCCUGCCAGCCAGGACUCUCUGCACGAGGACUCUGUCAGGGGCCUGGUCAAACUCAGCUCUGUCUGAGACUCUCCCCCUGGCUUUUUGGAAUCACUACUCAGACUCUGUCAGCGUGCCAAAUGAUAACCUAUUCAAUAUGUAGCACUACUUUAAAAAAGUUGUGCACUAUAUAGGGAAUAGCGUGCCAUUUAGGACGCUACCCCAGCCCCCCCGCUCCACACUGCCGGCUCAGUACCACAGCCAUAAUUCCUGUUCCCCUAACAUUCCAUCCCAGCCCUCCCUCCCUCCUUCCCAUCCAGAUUUGUGCCCCCCACCUGUUGGGAUAAGCUAUUCUAGUGCCAAACAAACAGAGCCUCAGUCUCCACUGCACUUGACCGGGACCAAAAUCAAGCUUCUGAAUCCCCCUUCCUCUUCACAGUAGUAUACCUAGUGCCCUACCAGGAGUCUACCAGGCCUCGAUACAGGUCCAGGCUUCUGCCCAAGGCUCACGACUUGUGCUCUUUUGGGGGAAACCAUCUACCUGGACUAGGCGGUCAUUGUCCGGAAAUGAAACUGACUCGUACCAAGGCAGUUGCCAUUUUGGUUUGCUGACAUCCAAGGACACGCACAGCGGGACAAGGUCUGUUGAUUAGCUGGAAAGACAUGAAUCAGGUCUAAAUAUAGGAAUUGUUUAUAGUUUGAUAUCUGUGUCAUGUGUCCCGAGUCAAGUGACACUCUUUUAUACAAUAGUAAUGGAAACAGCCAAGCAGUGUUGGCCCUGAACACAGUAGAUGUCACUUCCUGUUUCAGAUUGUGUCAACACUGUAUGUGUUGAUUGGUAGUGUUCAUCAGUCCGUUCCGGUGUCGGUGUGACGCUAGCCGCAUUACCUUUUUGUUUCGUUCAAAUGUGAUGCCAAAACAUCAUGGCUGCAUCCCAAAUAGCACCCUCUCUAUUUAGUGCACUACUUUUUACCAGGGCCAAAAGGACAUUGGCAAAAGUAAUGCACUAUAUAGGGAAUAGGGUUCCAUUUGGGACAGAGAUAAUAAGUAAUGUGAUGAUUGUACCAAGAAAUUCUCAUUUACUUAUAUAUAUAUUUUUUUUACCCCUUUUUCUCCCCAAUUUCAUGGUAUCCAAUUUUUUUUUUUUUUUUUAGUAGCUACUAACUUGUCUCAUCGCUGCAACUCCCGUACGGGCUCGGGAGAGACGAAGGUUGAAAGUCAUGCGUCCUCCGAUACACAACCCAACCAGGCCGCACUGCUUCUUAACACAGCGCGCAUCCAACCCAGAAGCCAGCCGCACCAAUGUGUCAGAGGAAACACCAUGCACCUGGCAACCUUGGUUAGCACGCACUGCGCAUGGUCCGCCACAGGAGUUGCUGGUGCGCGAUGAGACACGGAUAUCCCUACCGGCCAAGCCCUCCCUAACCCGGACGACGCUAGGCCAAUUGUGCGUCACCUCACGGACCUCCCGGUCGCGGCCGGUUACGACAGAGCCUGGGCUAGAACCCAGGGUCUCUGGUGGCACUGCGCCACCCGGGAGGCCUCAUUUACUUAUUUUUUAAUGAAUGCAUUUGCAUAUUUUUAUGUACAAGAGUGGAUUUCAUUUAUUCAACCAGCCUGUGCAGUCACUUUUUACCAGGGCCAAAAGGACUUUGGCAAAAGUUAUGCACUAUAUAGGGAAAAGGGUGCCAUUUGGGACAGAGAUAAUAAGUAAUGUGAUGAUUGUACCAAGAAAUUCUCAUUUACUUAUUUUUAAUGAAUAAAUUCACAUAUUUUUAUGAGUGGAUUUAAUUUAUUCAACCAGCCUGUGCAGUCACUUGGCAGAAAUACAAAACACAAUUCCCUUUUCCAUAGCCUUGGGAAGAAAAUAUUUUUUCACAAAAGUAGUGCACUGGGCCUCUUAAUAGUCCUGUAUUAGCGGACCGAUAUAGCUGUCUGCAGCGCGGGCAAAAAUCUUAGCACCCCCAAACUAUUUCCCGCGGCUAUGCCCUUUUCAGUGAAUACCCUUUGCAGACAGAAAUUAGCUAUUAGCUAAAUCUGGUACAACACAUAUUUUCUCAAGUUUACUGCGGCUAAUGAAUCCUUCAACCAGGAUUUCUAAAAAACAUUGGAAUCAGGGAAUGUUACCGGCAUUUUGCUACUUUCUUCAAUCAGAUCCGCUUUAGCCAACAUCUGCACAGUGGUUGUUUUGGUUGUGUCGGAGGUGGAAUUUUGUGACAAUGAUUGCAAGAGCAGCUGCUCACUAAUUUAAAGACUCCAACCAAUGAUGUACAGUACCAGUCAAAAGUUUGGAGACACCUACUCAUUCCAGGGUUUUUCUUUAUUUUUUACUAUUUUCUACAUUGUAGAAUAAUAGUGAAGAUAUCAAAACUAUGAAAUAACACAUGGAAUCAUGUAGUCACCAAAAAUGUGUUAAACAAAUCAAAAUAUAUUUUAUAUUUGAGAUUCUUCAAGGCAGCCACCGUUUGCCUUGAUCACAGCUUUGCACACUCUUGGCAUUCUCUCAACCAGCUUCAUGAGGAAUGCAUUUCAAUGAACAGGUGUGCCUUGUUAAAAGUUAAUUUAGGAAUUUCUUUCCUUCUUAAUGUGUUUGAGCCAAUCAGUUGUGUUGUGACAAGGUAAGGGUGGUAUACAGAAGAUUACCUAUUUGGUAAAAGACCAAGUUCAUAUUAUGACAGCUCAAAUAAGUAAAGAGAAAUGACAGUCCAUCAUUACUUUAAGACAUGAAGGUCAGUCAAUCCGGAAUAUUUCAAGAACUUUUUAAGUAACUCUUGAAGUGCAGUCACAAAAACCAUCAAGCGCUUUGAUGAAACUAGCUCUCAUGAUGACCGCCACAGGAAAGGAAGACACAGAGUUACCUCUGCUGCAGAGGAUAAGUUCAUUAGAGUUACCAGCCUCAGAAAUUACAGCCCAAAUAACUGCUUCACAGAGUUCAAGUAAUAGACACAUCUCAACAUCAACUGUUCAGAGGAGAUUGUGUGAAUCAGGCCUUCAUGGUCGAAUUGCUGCAAAGAAAUCACUACUAAAGGACACCAACAACAAGAGACUUGCUUGGACCAAGAAACAUGAGCAAUGGACAUUUCGACCGGUGGAAAUCUGUACUUUGGUCUGAUGAGUCUAAAUUUGAGAGUUUUUGUUCCAAUCACAGUGUCUUUGUGAGACACAGAGUAGGUGUACGGAUGACCUCCGCAUGUGUGGUUCCCGUGGUGUAGCAUGGAGGGGGAGGUGUGAUGUUGUGAAGGCCCACUUAACCGGCAUGGCUACCACAGCAUUCUGCAGCGAUACGGCAUCCCAUCUGGUUUGCGCUUAGUCCCACUAUCAUUUGUUUUUCAACAGGACAAUGACCCAACACACCUCCAGACUGUGUAAGGGCUAUUUGACCAAGAAGGAGAGUGAUGGACUGCUGUAUCAGAUGACCUGUCCUCCACAAUCACCCAACUUCAACCAAAUUGAGAUGGUUUGGAAUGAGGGACAGCAGAGUGGAGGAAAAGCAGCCAACAAGUGCUCAGUGUAUGUGGGAACUCCUUCAAAACUGUUUGGAAAAGCAUUCCAGGUGAACCUGGUUGAGAGGAUGCCAAGCGUGUGCAAAGCUGUCAUCAAGGCAAAUGGCGGCUACCUUGAAGAAUCUUAUAUAUAAAAUAUAUUUUGAUUUGUUUAACACUUUUUUGGUUAUUACAUGAUUCCAUAUGUGUUAUUUCAUAGUUUUGAUGUUUUCACUAUUAUUCUACAAUGUAGAAAAUAGUAAAAAUAAAGAAAAAGCCUUGAAUGGGUAGGUGUGUCCAAACUUUUGACUGGUACUGGAUAUAAACCCUGGAUUGCUGAUGCUAUGCAUUGGCCAUUGAGAUUCUUUGAAGCCACCGGUCGGCUGUAUUGUCAGUCCCCAGUAAGAGCAGUCUUCCAUAGGAAUUAAUGGAAUUCCACAGUAUUUCAAUUAAAUGUUUCAAGGACAAAAUUACAUGUAUUUCAUUAUGUGUGUUGUUGUAGUGGGGACAGUAACAUUGGUCAUCUCUAAAAAUGUAUACUUCAAUAAAAUGUUUUUUAAUAUGU